AUGGUCGCAGUGGUCGCUCACUUGCUUGCAGGUGAGACUACGCCUAGCGUCCAUUUGCUUGCACCCAACUCUCACCUGUGGCUCAAUGAAGCUGGGCUCUGCUCAGCGGCCACACCCCGGCCAACCGUCUCGACCGGCGGGCUAAACCAGGUGAGGGCGCUGUGCGCUUGUGCCGCGUGCACAGUGUACUGCGGACUCCGCUGGAUGGAUGGUCGGAUGAAAAACUGCGCCGGCAUCGUCGAGACGAGGCUCUGCCUGGUACGCCGUUGGACAACUGCUGCCGGGACGGGUCUCCGCAUCGCCUUCGCUGAGACGCGCCCACCCUCGCCGACGGAGACCGCGGACUCACGGCAUAUGCGGUCGUUCUCCACUACAAACAUAAAAGUCGUGGCCCCAUAGUGGGAUUCGGUCGCGCCAACCAGGCACAUGGGCAGCCCGAUUCAGGGGCGCACUGCCUGCCCCCACGAGGGGAAGGGCCUAGAAAAGGUGGCCUAAAAAAAUGCUGGGUACCACGCCGUCUUCAGGCUAGCCAGGGCCGCAGACGUCUAAUCAUGGUCGAAACACUCAAAAUCGAAACAACAACAAUACCAAUAACAACAACAACCACACUCAUUCUCCUCAUCCUACCUCUUCUACCUCUUCCUCUGCCUAUUCUUCUGCCUAUUCCUCGUCAUCUUCUUCUCCACCUCCUUCCCGUCGCCCCACUCGUUGUCCCCAGACUGGCAGGGUGAGCCCGCUCACUCUGGCAGCCUGGAAUGUUCGUUCCCUUUUAGACAAUCCGAGGAGCAACCGACCGGAGCGGAGGACGGCUCUAGUGGCACGAGAACUCGCCCGCUACAAGGUGGACAUCGCCGCACUCAGCGAGACCCGAUUCUCCGAACAAGGCCAACUGGAGGAGGUGGGUGCCGGCUACACCUUCUUCUGGAGCGGUCGACCCAGGGCAGAGCGACGGGACGCGGACGUCGCCUUCGCCAUCCGGAACGACAUCGUGGGACGACUGCGCAGUCUGCCGCAAGGCAUCAACGAUCGCCUGAUGAGCCUCCGCCUGCCUCUCUGGGGAGGAAAAUUCGCCACCAUCAUCAGCGCCUACGCUCCGACGAUGACCAACCCCGACGCCGUCAGAGACAAAUUCUACGAGGACCUGCACGCCCUCAUGGCGACUGUGCCGAAGGCGGACAAGUUGAUUGUCCUUGGCGACUUCAACGCCCGCGUCGGCACAGACCAUACUGCCUGGAGAGGAGUGCUAGGUCCCCACAGUCUCCGCGGCUCAAACGACAAUGGUCUGCUGCUACUCCGCACCUGCGCAGAACACCGCCUCAUCCUGACGAAUACCUUCUUCUGUCUGCCGGAGCGAGAGAAGGCCACCAGGAGGCAUCCUCGGUCGCGCCAGUGGCACCUGCUGGACUAUGUCCUCGUCCGGAGGCGAGAUCAGCGGGACGUGCUGGUGACGAAGGCGAUUGCGGAUGCUGACGGGUGGACCGACCAUCGCCUCGUCAUAUCGAAGAUGCGUAUUCGCCUACAGCCUCGCAGGAGACCACAAGGUAAGCUGAAUGUUGCCUUGUUGUCUUUGCCCGCUCACCGUCUUCAUUUCAGCAAUGAGCUAGCUCAAAGGCUAGACAACCUUCCUAUCUCUGCCGACGCCGCCGCUGUCGAGAACGCCUCCGUGGAGAACCGCUGGCGUCAACUGCGAAACACGGUCCAGUCGACGGCACUCGCCGUCCUCGGUCGCGCUCCCCGCCAACAUCAGGACUGGUUCGACGACAACGACGCCGCCAUCACAAAUCUGCUUGCUGAGAAGAACCGCCUACACAAAGCCUACGUAGAUCACCCCACUGAUACCACCAAAGCUGCCUUCUACCGCAAUCGCCGCCAACUUCAGCAAUGACUGCGCGAGAUGCAGGACGCCUGGACUGCUCGCAAAGCUGAGGAGAUCCAAGGCUACACGGACCGCAACGAAUAGAAGAACUUCUUCUCAGCGAUCAAAGCUGUCUACGGUCCGGCGACGAAGGGCACUGCUCCUCUCCUCAGUGCCGACGGUAGCACUCUCCUGACUGAGAAGACACAAAUUCUACAGCGAUGGGUCGAGCAUUUCCGAGGCGUCCUCAACCGCCCUUCCGCCAUCUCUGACGCCGCCAUCGAGCGCUUGCCGCAAGUGGAGACCAACGCGGACCUCGACCUCCUGCCAUCUCUCCAGGAGACCAUCAGGGCCGUGCAGCAGCUCUCCAGCGGGAAAGCACCCGGAUCGGACGCAAUCCCUGCUGAGGUCUACAAGCACGGCGGUCCCCAACUGAUGGAUCACCUGACUGCGCUCUUCCAGGAGAUGUGGCGUCAAGGCGAAGUCCCGCAAGAUUUCAAGGACUCAAACAUCGUGCAUCUCUACAAGCGCAAAGGGAAUCGCCAAGCCUGCGACAAUCACCGCGGCAUCUCCCUGCUGAACAUCGCCGGGAAGAUCUUCGCACGAAUCCUUCUCAACCGUCUCAAUAACCAUCUCGAACAGGGCCUUCUGCCUGAAAGCCAAUGCGGCUUCUGUCGUCAUCGUGGGACCACGGAUAUGAUCUUCGCCGCCGCCAACUUCAGAAGAAGUGCCAAAAGAUGCGGACCCACCUGUACUCUACCUUCGUGGACCUGA